AUGUUAUCUGAUCUUGGAUUAAACCGAAGAAUCAAAGAAAAUGUGAUAACCAAACAAGUUUGGGGAGGAAAUUUUUCAUCACCGAUUGAAAAUAGAUUAAUUAAGGGCGUUAGGGUACUUGAUGUUUGUUGCGGGCCUGGUCAUUGGUUAUUAGACAUGGCAAAGACUUAUCCAAAGAGCACAUUCAUUGGAAUAGAUAUUUCAGCGACAUUCACUGAGAGAGAAAAGAUGACUAAUUUAGCGUUUUUAGAGUGUAAUAUACAUAACGGUUUGACUUGGCCAAAUGAUACAUUUGAUUUUGUUUAUCAAAGAUACGCUUGGGCAAGUUAUAAUGAAGUCCAAUGGAAAUAUAUCAUUUCAGAGAUCACAAGAGUAUGUAAACCAGGAGGGAUGGUAGAAUUGAUGGAAUUUGAUUGGGAAUUUAAAAAUACUAGUUCAAUUGCUAUGAACUAUCAAAAGCUAUUGUCAUCAUACUUUUUUUCAAAUGGAUUGAAUCCCGCGAUUUCUUCCAAGAUUCCAUUAUUAUUAAAACAAACGGGUGAAUUGACAGACAUUCAAUCAGAAUCGAGAGAUUUAUCACUCGGUGGCUGGGAUGGGUUAAAUGGAUUGAUGCAUUUAAAAUAUCAUUAUUCAUCAGUAAAUCCAUUUGCCAAUCAUCUAUCACAGGUUGCAAAUUUAAACGAAGAAGAAUAUAAGUUAAAAAUCAUUAAAUAUUUAAAAGA